UGCUCUUUCACCGCGGCUCCCACAGUGCUGAUUCCCGUGGCCCGUGGCUGUGCCACUGCCGCUGUUUCCCUCAACAUGGCGACCUGGAGAGACGGUCUCAGUGAAAUAGAGCGCGAGAUGUUCGCGUAUAGCGAGUCUGUUGGAUUGUCGCCGUACUCGCAUACGCCUGAAAAGCGCGAGAGAAAAGUUCGGUUGCCGAAUGAGGAAGACAUGUCGGCACAGCCCGAUCCCCGUCCGGACCCAGAUGCAUGGCGUCUGGUCACCACGGCAUGGUGCUCUUGUAAGAGGUGCGAGGUGAUGCCAACAUCGAGGGAAUGCGUUUGCGGCCGAGAAUGCCCGCCUGCUGUAACUGCUCAACCGGAGGGAUGCGUGACAGAGCACGCAGACUUUUCGCUCAUUUGCCUUCAGGCUGCCGUGCUCCGAGUAGCCUUCUGGGCACUACAAGAGGCUGGUCACAACCCGGCGCAAGGGGAACAGAGGUGCUCCGUUACGCUUCGUGGCCUACAGGCAGUUUGUACGGUGGAUGUGGCGGAGACUGGGGCGCCGCAACAGACGAGUCCUGCCUGCCUGUGUCGUCAGGACAAUGCGUGA